CUUUGGGACCUAUAUAAAUGAACUCGAACGCCUCCAUCGUUCAUGCAAUUCAAGUUCAAAUAAACGAGGGAUAGGCCCUCAAAGAUCGGAGUUCCUGAGACUCAGAGGAAACCCACUCCACCUCCCUUUAUUUAUUUAUUUUUGUUAUUCUUCUUGUUUCUACUCUUUCUCUUCUGUGCAUCAAUGGCGUUCAGGAAAACCCUAGCUCACCGUCUUUUCAAUAUAACCAAAAUCUCCUCCCCUAAUCUAACCCUGACACAUGCCCCCGCCUCUUCUCCGUCGUUUGAAUACGUGAUCCCUGCCAACCCCGCCAAAACCUUCCGCCGAGAUUUUUUCAGCUAUCCGGAUUCCGGUGAAAAUGGCUUCUUCCGGAGAUUUCUUCAGAAAAGAGCGAUAGUUCAAUCGGCAAUGUCGCCAGAGUUCCUGUCUUUGCCAAUCGGAGACAAGUUAAUGGAGAAGCUGAGAGGAAUGACCGUUAACAAGGACCGUCUUCGAUUAGACGGCUUGGCUCCUCCGGCCACGAGGUCCGACUCUCGACAAGGAAUUUCAAUCGAAGACGCGCGAAAACUGCUCGUGUUUUCUCAGUUGGAAAAGUUGAAAUCGAAAUUGAGACGGAUUCCCGAUAGUAGUAUUCCGUAUUCGGAGUUUAUUCAGAUCUGCAUAGAAGGUUGCUCGAGUCCCGAUCAGGGACGGGAUUUUGCAAAGAUGUUGGAUCAAUCUGGAGUCGUUAUUGUCCUGGGAGACUCUGUCUUCCUCCGGCCAGAAGAGGUAGCAAAAAUGAUCGAGAGCGUAAUUCCUAUAUCGAUAGCUCACCGGAACAACCCAAGAAGAAAGGAACUUGAACAGAUGGAGAAGGAGAAGAUGCAGAUCGAUGAAAAAGCAGAAAUGCUGGUUCGGAGAGAACUGUGGGCUGGGCUGGGCUUUCUCAUAGUCCAGACAGCUGGGUUCAUGAGGCUCACUUUUUGGGAGCUCUCCUGGGACGUAAUGGAGCCCAUUUGUUUCUAUGUCACGUCAAUAUACUUUAUGCUGGGCUAUGCCUUCUUUCUCAAGACAUCGAGAGACCCUUCUUUCGAAGGAUUCUUUGAGAGCCGUUUCAGCGCGAAGCAACAGCGGCUUAUGAGAAACAAAAACUUUGACAUGCAAAGGUUUAACGAGCUCAGGAGAGCCUGUUAUCCUUCGUCGACAUUGUCUUCAGAGCGGGCUUCAUCGUUUGACAAUUCCGAAAGGACGUUGUUGGGUUCUUUCCAUCAUUAAUACAAGGGAAAAUAUAUAUUAUAUUUUGAGAGAGAGAAUUAAAAACUGAAGAUAUACUAUAGAAUACAUACAAAAAGAAUUUUGCUGUUUUUAAAUUUUUUUUAUCAGAUUUUUGUGAAAGAUAGGUGAAUAUUACAGAUUUGCCUGAGAGAAAUGGUUAUUUUCCCACAGCACACAUCCUAAUCCCUGUAUUGGGAAAAAAUGCUUAAUCGUGAUAUUGUGAUUUACUUUCUUCA